UUUAAACCGUGCCCUCCACACGUUCAUCAUCCAUUACCCCAUUUCCUUCACUCACAUCACCACCCUUCCUCUGCUCCUCCAAUGGCCUCGCUUCCUGCCACUUCCGCCUUACCAACCACCCGUCCUCCUCACGUUAACUUCACCCUCGGCGGAAUGCCGCGGCGGCGCAUGGUGGUGGUCAGAGCCGAAGGCGGCGAAGCCAUAAACCCAGCAAUCAGGAAGAGCGAGGACAAAGUAGUGGACUCCGUGGUUGUCGCCGACCUUGCCAAGCCCCUCACACCCUAUUGCAGAUGUUGGAGGUCAGCCACAUUUCCUCUGUGUGAUGGAAGCCAUGUUAAGCACAACAAGGCCACCGGAGAUAAUGUCGGCCCUUUGCUCUUAAAGAAGCAAUAGAGACACACUCUUUCAUGUUUUUUUCUUCCAACUUCUUCUCUGUUCUUGAGUUUCAAUUGGAUUACUGUCAAAUCAUUCUACUUUUAUUUGCAUUCCCAU